AUGCGAAACAAGGCGGAAUUAAAUAUAGAUACUUUAAUAGGCUCAAGUGUCCUAUCUUUCGUACAAUGUAUCCUAGAACUGGUAGGAAAUUCUUUGAACGCACACGCUGCAGCGAUUGCAAUAAGAAUUCAUAUCGAGAAACGUGAAAUUCACGUUAUUGACAAUGGUAUUGGAAUACCGAAAGAUAAACUAGAGCACAUUACAGACUCGAAAACUGAAACUAUGGGCAGUCAAUAUCAGAUGUGCGAAUUAAAUAAAUUGAGUAAUACACUAACAAAUAUUCGUCAGUUGUCUGACACUCUUACAAUUGCUUCGAGAUAUCAAGAUUCAACGGAAACAUUUAUGAAGGUGUUCAAAAUGAGUUACGCAUCUAAUUUAACACAAAUAGAACAAAGGCCUUCACGCGGUACAACAAUAUCUGUUUACGGCUUCCAUGAAACACCAGUAGACAAGAAAUGGAACAUAUCCACUAUCUGCUUUCUCAUUGCGACCAUCGCUGUUAAACAAUUAGAAGUAUCGUUCUCAAUUAGAGACGAAGAACGCAAGAAAGUUGUGUUGAGAAUAGCUAGAUCCCAUAGUCCAGUCGAAGUCUUAAGAACAUUAUUCGGAAAAAAUCUGCCGUUGAAUCACAUAUGGCUGAUACGAUGCAACGCGGAAUAUAACAUGAGUUAUCACGGUUAUAUAGGAUUAUCUGACGAAAAUACGGCACAGUGGAUAUUUUUAAAUCACAAGCUGAUUUAUUGCCCCCUUAUCCUGAAAUUGAUUGAAGCUAGUUUCAAAAGAAAGCUACGCUUAUCUAUCAACCAAGAGACCAAUCGGCAAGAUUUACGCAACAAAAAUAUAUUUAUAUUAAUUUUUCUCACAUUUUCGCCUAAAACAUUUACUUUCGUUACUGAAAAUGAAAAGAGAUACGUUAUGUUUUACGAUAUGCAAAAGAUAUUAAACAAUAUAAAAAACAGUGUCUUCAAAUGUCUCACAGAACAAAUUAAAGAUCGUACUGCUCCUUAUUCGUGUGAAACGCAACUAGUAAAACAAAUAUAUCUAAAGUCGGAAAGGCCUAUUUUGCACAAUGAUAUCAAUGCACGUAACAAAAGUCUUACAUCUUUGAUGAAAGAAAGAAAGAUAAAAGAAAGAGAGAAAGUUGUCACGAUUGCUAUCAAAAGAAAGAAAAUAACGUCAGCGUCAAUUGUCAAUAAUUAUUUCGACAAACAAUAUAAUAAAAAUUGUAAUAUCGAAGCUAUUAGUUGUUGUGCAGAAAAAGGAAAAAAUAUGUCAAAUAGCAUUCAACAUCAAACAAGAAGUAUGUCAGCAGAACGCACAGAAUUGUAUGAAAAAGAAGUUACGGAUAAUGCGUAUAAUAAUGUUGAUAAAAUGCAAACAAAUUUUACUAAUUCUGUGACAAACGAUUCCAUUGGAUUUCAUAAGAGUUACGAUUAUAACAACGACAAUAAUAACGAUUUUGUAAAGUCUUCUCCUCUUUCUGUGUGGUCUAACUGGACGUAUUAUACGAAUAAAGGGGAACGCAAUUCCUCGGGAAACGUAAACGCGUUUUCCAAAAAAAAUAACGUGCAAAAGCAAAAGCUUUUCGAAUGCACUAAACAAUUUGAUUUCCUACCUCGCAAAUUAUACAAUCUCCUACAUCUACGACAUCGUGCGAAACUAACAAACGUGCAACGCUUGAACAGUCCUACUAGCGCGAUCUUAUUAUUACAUACGUAUCUCGUAGUUAAAGAAAAUUGGCAACACAAGCAAAUACCGGUGCAUUCCUGUAAUUUGAAGCAGAAAUUAUGCGAGUUUAGAUUAUCGCGUACGUCAUUAAAGUACAUAAAGAUUAUUAAUCAAGUUAACAACGAAUUUAUCGCCGCAUGGGUGAUGUUUAACAAAAUGAAAAUCCUAUUAAUGAUGGAUCAACAUGCAGUCCAUGAAAGAAUACGUUACGAAAACUUACUCCUUAGAUAUAAGGCACAGAAUGGGGGUGAAUUGCUCUCCACCAACUUACGUGAACCUUUAGCCAUAAAAUUGCCGACAGAGGCGUGCAAUUUACUCCUACGUAAUAAAAUAUUAUUGAAGAAAUACGGAGUAAACUUGGGAUCAUUAAAGGAAAAUACACUGUUAAUACGCACAGUACCGCAAUGCUUGAUUACAAAUAGCAAUCAUUGCAAUAAUAAGAAAAUAUUGUCCAAAAUUUAUGGCUUAUUAAACGAUAUACUAACAAAACGUAACACAACAAAUCAUGCAAAUAUGAUACCAUUAACUGUCCAUAAUGCUAUAGCAUCGGAGGCUUGUCAUGGUAUUUAUUAA